CGUGUCCUUCACUUCCGUACUCAUUACAAGUGCAAGUGUUUGGCCAGGAGCUUGGCUGGGCUUCUAUUCUGAAAGUUCAAAUUUAACCGGACGUGGUGUUUGUCCUCCCGGAAAACUUGACCACCGUUCUACGUUCCCAGGGUUCCGUGAGAGCCGUUUGCCCCACCCCACCUCUUCAGCGCUAUCUAUCUCAAUGUACAAUUCUCCGAGAAAAACGGGGGCGAAAAUAAUUCAGAGUAAAACGGCGAAUAAACCUCUAUUUCUCAUGAAAAUUAGCCCCGCAGCGGUGAAGCGGUGUGGACGCGGCCUGUCGGUUGGUGAAGAUGAGCGUGUGUCGCCGCUGGAUCAGUGAUUGAAACACCGCGGCGUGUGUGUAUGUGUGUUUGAGGGAGGGAGGGAGAGAGAGAGAGAGAGACACAGUGCGUGCGUGCGUAUGUGAGUGUGUGUGUUCAUGUAUCUUCCACAUGUAACCACAACCUACCCUUCGGAUUCAAAGGGAAUACAAAAAAGGAAAAAAAGGGAGCAGGGACUUGACAGCGAGCCGGAGGAGGGAAUAACGGAGGACUUCCAGCAGUAUCACCUGGAUAUUAGCGUUUGAUUCAAGGACAUCCAGCUGCCCACCACCGCCUUUCACUCGUUGUCCGGAGAAGCUUCCCGAUGUGAGGAGAAAUACAAAUUAACGUAAAUGGACACAGAGAAGCGGCCUGCGGUUCUUAUGGAUGUGGUCAAACUCUGCCAUUAACCGAACGGUGGUUUCUGUUGACGACGAGAGGAAAUCAUUUUGACAUCGGCUAAAAACAGGAUAUUAUUGAAUAGGCUGCUAACAGCCAACCCCCACCCUCGAAAAGGUGUAAGAUGUGACGGAUCUGUGAUAGAGAAAGAAGCCCCGGUGUAGCUCGAUGAUUCACAUGUCGUCAUACUGAAAAAAGAAAUAUAUUUAUUUUAUUCGUUUUUUAAUUUUUUUUACUUUUUUCUCCUCGCGUAUCGAUUAGGUGGAUAUUUGCUUCCAAAUAGCAUUAAAAAAUUAUAUAUUCAAGGGUGGAAAAGGCUGAAGGGAAUGGAUUGAAUGGCAGCGUGAAUGAUCUGCCAAGAACUGGCUCAUAAGGAGGAAAAAUCAAAAUUCAAAUGAAUGCUUUGAAAUCCCAUAGCCAGCGUUUGAUUGGGAUUGAAGAAAUCCUGGAAGAGACACCGGAUCGCCGACGUUCAUCCAUGUCUGCUGCGAGGCUGGAGACCUCACAUCCACACGGCUCACAUCAGUGUUGAUGACUUCAUUGCGGAUUUACAGUGAAAAACACGGGGAGUCCAGCGACUGAAGGGCGGCAUCAGUUUCUUCUGUGCUCCUGCCUGUACUCUCAUCUCCUUCAUUCAUUGCCAGUAAAUAGCCACAUCCACCCCGUUCCCAUACCGUGCCAAAGCCUGGUGGUGGCUCCAGUGGCUGAAAACCUAGAACGGGAUUACAUUUCUCUGUCAUUUGCAUCUGGCAACAUCAAUGUCACCCAGGUGCUCUCCCUCUGCCGGGCCACUCUAGGAAUUUAGGACCCAUUGAUUUUAUUUUUCUUCUGGUCAAAACCCUCCCUCCCUCCCUCCCUCCUUCCUUCGUUCCUUCCUUCCUUCCUUCCUUCUCGCCUGCCCGCCUUCCGUCCUUGUUCCCUCCUUCUCUCCACCUGCACAGCCGCCUACCCCACCAAGCAACCUGCCUCCCCCUGAACCUGUCACUGGGUUUUUGGGAAGAUGGGUUGUCUGGGCAAUAGUAAGACUGAAGACCAACGAAAUGAGGAGAAGGCCCAGAGGGAAGCCAACAAAAAGAUAGAGAAGCAGCUCCAGAAAGACAAACAGAUUUACCGGGCCACUCACCGGCUACUGCUGCUAGGGGCUGGGGAAUCUGGGAAAAGCACGAUAGUCAAACAGAUGCGAAUACUGCAUGUAAAUGGCUUCAAUGCUGAGGAGAAAAAACAGAAAAUCCGGGAUAUCAAAAACAACAUUAAAGAAGCUAUAGAGACAAUUGUAACUGCCAUGAGUAUACUCACACCUCCAUGUCAGUUAGCAUGUCCUGCUAACAAAUCCAGAUUGGAGUAUGUCCUGAACCAAAUCAACCUGAAGGACUCUGAGUUUCCUGCGCAGUUUUAUGACCACACAAAAAGUCUUUGGCAGGACGAAGGCGUGCGGGCCUGCUGGGAACGGUCCAACGAGUACCAGCUCAUCGACUGCGCACAGUAUUUCUUGGACAGGAUAGAUGUGGUCAGACAGAGCGACUACACACCCACUGACCAGGAUUUGUUAAGAUGCAGAGUCCUGACAUCAGGGAUCUUCGAGACAAGAUUUCAAAUAGACAAAGUCAAUUUCCAUAUGUUUGACGUUGGUGGCCAAAGAGAUGAGCGUAGAAAAUGGAUCCAGUGUUUUAAUGAUGUGACAGCCAUCAUCUUUGUGGUGGCCAGUAGCAGCUACAACAUGGUCAUCAGAGAAGACAAUCAGACCAACAGACUACAGGAAGCCCUCAACCUCUUUAAGAAUAUCUGGAACAACAGGUGGCUACGGACCAUCUCCGUCAUUCUCUUCCUGAACAAACAGGAUCUGCUUGCUGAGAAGGUCCUGGCUGGGAAAUCCAAAAUUGAGGACUAUUUCCCAGAGUUUGCACGCUACACUACACCUGACGAUGCAAUACCAGAACCAGGAGAGGAUCCUCGUGUAACAAGAGCAAAAUACUUCAUUCGGGAUGAGUUUUUGAGGAUCAGCACGGCCAGCGGAGACGGGCGACACUACUGUUACCCCCACUUCACCUGCGCGGUCGACACAGAGAACAUCCGCCGCGUCUUCAACGACUGUCGCGACAUCAUACAGAGGAUGCACCUACGGCAGUACGAGCUCUUGUGAUGCAGAGCUGCGUUUCCGGGCUGACCACCUCUAUCUAUAUAACCCCGACCCCACUUCACAACCAGUUAGUUCACAACCAAUAGAAUCACCCCUGACACGUUCACCGAAUUCACCCAUCGACUGAGUGAACAAAGGACUGAAGCUGCCCCUCCAUCCGCAUUCGAACUCCUCCUAUUGCUGAGCAUCAGGAAAAAAAACACAGCGAGUGGAGAGCCUUUUUACCAAGGAAACACGGUGGAGGAGUUUCAUCAGCCACUUCGACCAAGAACGAAUGGAGUCUCUUCACGCCAGCUUCACCUCCUCACCCGGAGGG